AUUCAACAUGAUUCAUUCAAUGCAGAUGACGAAAAAAAAACAUAAAAAGAUCAUAAACACAAAUUCCAACGCCACCAAGACUACCAAAAAAAACAAAAAACUGCAUUGAGAUGACGAAAACAUACCAAUUAUUUAGAUGAAAGUGAAACAAUAACAACAACAUUCUCCAUCCUCAAUCGUUCUCCCUUCUUUGCACACCCCAACUCUACACAGGUUGAUGAAUUGAGCCACCAAUUUUUGCUGGGGAAGUAAUGAAUGAAGCAAAAACGCAUGAAAUGAAUUGUUGAAGUAACAAACAGUCUUGCCAGAUAGCGAGAAAGAGUUCGUAGCUAUGCGCAUAGCUACCAUAGUGAAUAGUAAAACUCUUCUUUUCCAAAAUUCAGCCUUACACUUACAUCAAUUGUUGCUAUGCGUACGCCAUCAUUCAACAACCAAAUUAUUCCUCGCAGGGCUUUCCCAUAAUACGAAUGAAACAGUCUUGAGAGACACCUUUAAACAACAUGGGCAAAUCAUUGAAGUUAAAGUAAUAUGUGACCAUAAAACUGGGGAAUCAAAAGGGUAUGGAUUUGUUAGGUUCAAUUCUGAAAUUGCAGCUACCUCAGCUCGUAAAGAAUUGCAUGGCCGGAUAGUGGAUGGUAGACGCAUUCGAGUGGGUUAUGCGCACAAAGGGUAAUGUCAAACAAUUCACAGGGGUUUUGCAGCUACAACAAAUUCAUACCUAAUAAUUUGAUACUCAGAUUCUGUAUUCUUAGCUUUUACUCUACAGAUUCUGUUGUUUCAUUCUGUGUGUUUGUCUAUACGUUUUUUAUUGUAUGCAAACAUCUAGGUAACAAUAUUAUACAAAAAUUACAACUCAUUUUUGAACUUAAUUGUGAAGACAUGAUUCCAAAUCACGGGGAGUUGUUUGUCACACCUGCAGGAAUCUAAAGAUUAAGACU